GGGCGCUGCCUGCCAGAUCGGCCGCUCUCUGCUGGCUGGGUCUGCGCCGCUCGCGUGAAGCUCCCGUGGGUGGCGGGAGGCUGCGCUACAGUUUCCUGGAGCCGAGGCUGAAAGCGACUCCUGGGAGCUGUGCGAGCUCCUCUGGGUGUUCGCCGUUCCGGGCCGGCCCCCGUCGUGCUCUCCCCACGCUGCCCCUGCAGGGCGGCUCUGCGCAUGGAGGCCUGCAAGCCUGGGGGCCCCCUUGCAGGAAGAGUUAACGGUCCAGUUCAUUCCCAGAGGUGUGAAACUCAGAAGAGCAAGUCACACCGCGUGGGCGUGGGAGAACAGUGGUGUGGAAACAUCUCUGGAAGGAGAAAAGGCGUGGUUGGGACUUUGUUGUGUGCUGGGAGUGAAAUGGUGUAUAGCAGCUGCUGCAUCUAGCGUCCGUGUCUGAGCAGAUAUUAGAGCUGUUCAAACUUUGACCAGAAGCCAAAAUGGCCCCAGCAGCCCCAGUGGUAGAAAAGGUGCAAGACCCCGCCCCUUCACUAGACUCAGUACCAAUACAGGGAUAGAUUUUUCUCCCUAGGACCCAGUCCAUCAGGCCUUUUUCAUAUGCCCAAAGUUUGUGCCAUUUUUGGAGGAUCCCGAGGAAUUGGAAAAGCUGUUGCACAACUGCUGGCAUGGAAAGGAUACCACUUGGCUAUUAUUGCUAGAAAUCUGGAAGUAGCUCAAACUACUGUGAAUCACCUUGGGGCAGGUCAUAUGGCACUUAGCUGUGAUGUAGCCAUGGAACAAGAUGUCCAAAAUACACUUGAGGAGGUGGAGAAGAAUUUAGGUCAUGUUAAUUACUUGGUUAAUGCUGCUGGAGUCAACAGGGAUGGCUUGUUGCUGAGAACCACAUCUGAAGAUAUGGUAUCCCAAAUUAACACUAACCUUCUGGGGACAAUGUUGACAUGCAAAGCUGCUGUAAGGCGUAUGCUUCAACAGCAAGGAGGUGCUAUUGUUAACAUAGGAAGUAUUGUUGGACUCAAGGGCAAUUCUGGUCAGAGUGUGUACAGUGCCAGCAAAGCAGGGUUAGUUGGAUUUUCACGCUCUCUUGCUAAAGAAGUAGCAAGAAAGAAAAUUCGAGUCAACAUGGUUGCUCCAGGCUUUGUUCACACAGAGAUGACUGCACAUUUGAAGGAAGAUCAGUUGAAGAAAACUAUUCCUCUUGGAAGAUUUGGAGAGCCUGAUGAAGUUGCACAAGCUGUUGUCUUUCUUCUGGAGUCUCCCUAUAUUACAGGGCAUAUUCUAGUUGUAGAUGGAGGCUUGCAGCUUCUAAUUUAAAUGCUACAACAGUACUUAUAAAAUGACUUGAAUGGAGGAAAAAAUAAACUUGGCUGAUGAAGAUUC